AUGGCUAUUAAGCUUGACCUUUCCAAAGCUUUUGAUAGGCUGGAGUGGUCAUUCAUUCUUUCUAUUUUUAGAAAAAUUGGUUUCUCUGAAGAAUGGUGUCAGAUUAUUGAUCAAUGCGUUAGCACGUUGUCUUAUUCUAUUCUAGUUAAUGGAUCUCUUGGUGAAAUGUUUUUUCCUACCAGGGGUAUUAGGCAAGGUGAUAAACAUAUUUUCAUAAUAUGCAUGGAAUUUUUAUCUCAAAUUCUCUUGAAAGGUGAAGCUGAUAAUUUGAUUCAAGGUUUCAAAAUAAGGAAAAAUAGCCCCUCGAUUUCUCAUUUAUUCUUUGCCGAUGACUGUAUGCUUUUCUUUAAAGCUUCUUUCAUGUAUGCUAGAAAUUUGAUAAAAAUUAUCAAUAUUUUUGCUAAAGCUUCUGGUCAAGCUAUAAAUUUUGAAAAAUCUGGUUUUUUUACUACCUCAAAAAUGCAUCAUAAGCAUAAGAAACUUUUGUCAAAAGCUCUAGGUAUAAGAUAUAUGAGUUCUUCUGAGAAGUACAUAGGGACUCCUCUUUUUGUCAAUAGAGAUAAAACAAAAUCCUUUCAAUUUUUAAUAGACAAAUUUUAUUCCAGAUUAGGAAGCUCUAAAAAAACUAGUCUUAAUGUUGCUGGUAUAAUAGUGGUUACAAAGCAUGUUUUAUCUAGUCUUGCAGUCUUCCAUUUCCUAAGAAGAUUACUUCAAAGAUUGACACUAUUCAAAGAACUCUUUGGUGGUCUAAGAAAGAUCCUAGACAUGCUUCCAUUUUUCGUUCUUGGGGAGAUAUAA